AUGGUGCAUUUUCCUGAUGAUAGUGACUUAUUUAAUCCUUUUAAUGAUAGCAGUUUAUUUGUUAUUUUAAUACCUUUUAAUAAUGAUAAAACAACUGUUGGUAAGAUAAAUUUAGAAACCUAUGAUAAAGAAUUUGGUGAAAAAGAAUGGAAUGAAGAAGAAUGGAAUAAUGAUGAAGAUAGUAGUUAA